AAAACAAAAACAUCUUUUGUUGUUCUUGCUCUUGUUCCUGUUCUUCCUCCAUCACAUUCAUAAUCUCACUCUCUCUCUCAUCUCUCUCUCAUCUCUUUUUCUUGCCAUUCCUUCACAACUCGCUACUCCUAACUUACAACCCAAGCUCCAAAUUUUAACUCUUUUGCCAUCCACUCUUGCAUGAGCUAGCUUCCAACUUUCACAGCUCAGACAGAGAUCUAAUGGAGUACGAGAGGAUAGAGAAAGUUCAGACUGGAAUAAUUUCUCCCAGUAAACUGAGGAUGAAGUUAUUAGGGCCUCACCAUCAUAGGAAGAAGGAUGGAUCCAACAGUAACUCAUCCAGAACCUCCCCUUCAAGGCUUGAGGAUGCUGAAUUUCUGAAUAGCUUACUUGCUUCAAAAAAUGACAAUCUUGAUGAUGAAGUUACAUCUCCAAGCUUAGAAAUUCUAUCAUUAAAGCCAUCCAGUGAUGCCGCCCCGGACAGGAAACAGAGUGAUCCAACUUCUUAUGAGCCAAAAGAUACAAUGCCCAAGGAAAAUGGCGACAUGGCACGAGUAAAGAUGCAGCAUUUUCAGAAGGUUGACACUGGAAGUUCGAGCACAAUUCACCCGGUGAGGACAACAGAAGAUGAAAAUCUUGAUUAUGACAGCAAUGCUAGCUCAUCUAGUUUUGAGUUUGACAAAGGAGAGAGACCAGUGAACAACCCCGCGACUAGAUCCCUAUUGAGACCUAUGUCUUCUAAGUGGAAUGAUGCUGAGAAAUGGAUAAUGAAUAGACAAUAUAUUCAAGCCAGUCACUCCAAAAAGAAUACAGUACAUAAUAACCCUGCAAAUCGCUUGCAAACAAGUAUGGUGAGGGUCGUUCCCGAGUCUGGUAAUUACGAUCAUAAGCUUACAACAGGCAAGGUGACAGAAACAAAGCGAGUUGAUUUCUGUCAACCAACAUCACAUAUGGGAUUUGAGAAAUUCUCUUUUGUUCCCUCUGAUACUCAUUCAGUAUCUGGUCAAGCACAUGGAAGAAAUCCAGUGGUAGGGUCUUUUCCCCAAAGCAAAGAUUUAAAGGAAGUAAAUGAAUUGGGUUUACCUUCCUCAAGAAGUACAGAUGAUCAGACAGUGAUUCCUGGGAUCAGAUCUGUUGCUAUGAGAGAUAUGGGAACUGAAAUGACCCCUGUGCCAAGUCAAGAACCUUCGCGGACUGCUACUCCUGUUGGGUCUGCAACUCCACUACGUAGUCCAACUUCCUCAAUGCCUUCGACUCCUAGGAGAGGUGCACCUGCUCCAACACCUUUGGACAACACAACUGAUGAUGAUUCAGAGUUUCCAGUUGACAACAGCAAAAAACAUUUGUCUGAAGAAGAAAUGAAGCUCAAAACUAGGAGAGAGAUUGCAGCCCUUGGUGUACAGCUUGGUAAGAUGAAUAUUGCUGCGUGGGCAAACAAAGAGGAACAGGAAAAGAAAAAAUCUUCUCCUCGGGACACAAACACGCGAGAACAGGAGAAGAUUGAAUUUGAAAAACGUGCUGCACUUUGGGAGGAAGCCGAGAAAUCUAAACAUACUGCAAGAUUUAAGCGUGAGGAAAUCAAAAUUCAAGCAUGGGAAAGUCAGCAAAAGGCAAAAUUAGAAGCCGAAAUGAGAAAAAUUGAGGCUAAAGUUGAGCAAAUGAGAGCCCAGACACAUGCAAAAAUGGUGAAAAAGAUUGCUAUGGCCAGGCAAAGAUCAGAAGAAAAACGUGCAGCAGCUGAAGCUAGAAAGAAUCGAGAAGCAGAAAGAACUGCUGCUCAAGCCGAAUGCAUACGCCAAACAGGACGAUUACCCUCUUCCAAUUUCAUUUGUUGUGGUUGGCUGUGAUAUAAUACCGUUGAACUUCAAGACAUUGCACUUAGAAGAACAUGCAAUUACCUCCCAAGAUUGCUUACCCUUUUUACAGUGGAAGAUAUGCCUCAUCAAAAUGGGCACAUCAUCUUAUACGUUACUUGAAACCUUGCAAUUUUCAAGUAUCUGAGUGCAAGUUCCUUCAUUAAAGCGAUUGAUGAGUGAUGAUGUUUACAAGUUACAAAAAUGUGUUUUCUUUUUUUAUAAAAAUUAAAUGUUUGCUUUAUGUACCUGGCCUUAUUUACUCUAUUAAUGUAAAUUUCCUCAUGAUUUUGCAUAUCCAACUAUUUUCUUUUGGUUC